AUGCGUGCUGCAAGCAGCCCCCUGCCGCGGCUGCGCUCGGCUGCGAGAGAGCAGCAGGCUGAAAUCUCGAAGCGUGGGGGUCCCGUCGUCGUCCUCCUGGAGUCGAGGGAAACGCUGAAGGAGCCGGCACAAGGGGAGCGAUCCCUUACGGGUUUGCCGAGGAAGGAGAAAUAUCCUGGAUUUGUCCCGGGGCUGAGAGGAGCAUCGGGCAGGCGCCUCUGCAGUGAGGAGAGGCUGGUGGUGACCGAGGAAAGGGGCAGAUUCGUGAAGGUGAAGUGGAUUUCUGCCCGGGCCGUGCUUUGUACAUCCUAUCGCCAGGCCGAGAUCUCGGGGAACACGGACGACAUCCCCUUGGUGCGCUGGCGGCAGCAGUGGCUGGAGAACGGCACGCUGCUCUUCCACAUCCACCACCAAGACGGUGCCCCCAAUCUGCCCGGCUUCGAGCCCACUGAGGAGCCCCAGACCGAGUCGGCUGAGGAGGAGCUGAGGAUCCUCCACAUCUCCGUCAUGCUUCACAACGCCUGUAUGAUCGUGUUGGGCCUGGCCAAGCCUUUUGGGGUGAUCUGUGAGAGGGAGGUGAUCUGUGCUCCCGUGCGUGGCCGAAACACGCAGCCCAACGAAAUCCACUACAUCCCGUCGGUGCUCAUCGGGGGCCACGGGCGCGAGAGCCUGCGCAACGCCCGCGUGCAGGGCCACAACUCCAGCGGCACGCUCAGCAUCCGCGAGACCCCCAUCCUGGACGGCUACGAGUACGAUAUCACCGACCUGCGGCACCACCUGCAGCGGGAGUGCAUGAACGGCGGCGAGGACUUCGCCAGCCAGGUCACCCGCACCUUGGACUCGCUGCAGGGCUGCAACGAGAAGUCCAGCAUGGACCUCACGCCAGGAAGCGAUAACGCCAAGCUGUCCCUGAUGAACAAGUACAAGGAUAACAUCAUCGCCACGAGCCCCGUGGACUCCAACCACCAGCAGGCCACGCUGCUGUCCCACACCUCCAGCAGCCAGCGGAGCCGGUUUAUCCUGCUGGAGGGGAGCCAGCUGGACGCCAGCGACUGGCUCAACCCGGCGCAGGUCGUCCUCUUCUCGCAGCAGAACUCCAGCGGGCCCUGGGCCCUGGACCUCUGCGCCCGGCGCCUCCUCGACCCCUGCGAGCACCAGUGCGACCCCGAGACUGUGCUCUGCACCCGCAACGAGUGGGGAACGAACCAGGGGCCCUGGCCGUACACCAUAUUCCAGCGUGGGUUCGACUUGGUGCUGGGAGAGCAGCCAUCGGAUAAGAUCUUUCGGUUCACCUACACCCUGGGGGAAGGCAUGUGGCUGCCACUGAGCAAGAGCUUCGUUAUCCCACCGGCCGAACUGGCUAUCAACCCCUCCGCCAAGUGUAAGACUGACAUGACAGUGAUGGAGGAUGCAGUGGAGGUCAGGGAAGAACUGAUGACCUCCUCCUCGUUUGAUAGCCUGGAGGUCCUCCUCGAUUCAUUUGGCCCCGUUCGUGACUGCUCCAGGGACAACGGGGGCUGCAGCAAGAACUUUCGUUGCAUCUCAGACCGCAAGCUGGACUCGACAGGCUGCGUGUGCCCGACAGGACUGAGCCCCAUGAAAGACGGCACAGGUUGUUAUGACCGUCACGUCGGCGUGGACUGCUCGGACGGCUUCAACGGGGGCUGCGAGCAGCUGUGCCUCCAGCAGAUGGUCCCGCUGCCCGAUGACCCUCUGCUCUACAACAUCCUCAUGUUCUGCGGGUGCAUCGAGGACUACAAGCUGGGCAUGGACGGGCGGUCGUGCCAGCUCAUAUCGGAGUCAUGCCCUGAUGGAGGAGAGUGCGGGGAAACCCGGGAGCUGCCCAUGAACCAGACUCUCUUUGGGGAGAUCUUCUACGGCUACAAUAACCACUCCAAGGAGGUGGCAGCGGGGCAGGUGCUCAAAGGGACAUUCAGGCAGAACAACUUUGCCCGGGGCUUGGAGCAGCAGCUGCCGGAUGGGCUGGUGGUGGCCACGGUGCCGCUGGAGAACCAGUGCCAAGAAGAGCUCUCAGACCCCACGCCUGACCCCGAGUUCCUCACCGGGAUGGUGAACUUCAGUGAGGUGUCUGGCUACCCCCUCCUGCAGCACUGGAAGGUGCAGUCCGUCAUGUACCACGUCCGGCUCAACCAGCUGACCAUCUCCCAGGCUUUCAGCAACGCGCUCCACUCCCUGGACGGAGCCACCUCCCGUGGAGAUUUCGUGGCUCUGCUGGACCAGUUUGGCAACCACUACAUCCAGGAGGCCAUGUACGGCUUCGAGGAGUCCUGCUCCAUCUGGUAUCCCAACAGGCAGGUCCAGCGGCAGCUCUGGCUGGAGUAUGAGGACAUCAGCAAAGGCAAUUCCCCGUCAGAUGAGUCAGAGGAGCGAGAGCGAGACCCCAAGGUGCUCACCUUCCCUGAGUACAUCGCCAGCCUCUCCGAGUCGGGCACCAAGCGCAUGGCAGCCGGUGUGCGGAUGGAGUGCCAGAGCAGAGGGCGUUGCCCCUCAUCCUGCCCUCUGUGCCACGUCCCCUCUGGCCCUGACGCACCCACUGAGCCUAUCCUGCUUGAGGUCACCAAGGCAGCACCCAUCUACGAGCUGGUCACCAACAACCAGACCCAGCGGCUCUUGCAGGAGGCCACCAUGAGCUCACUGUGGUGCUCAGGGAGUGGGGAUGUCAUCGAGGACUGGUGCCGGUGUGACUCGAGCGCCUUCGGGGCCGAUGGGCUGCCCACCUGUGCACCUCUCCCGCACCCCAUCCUGCGACUGUCCACUGCGCAUGAGCCCAGCAGCACCCUAGUGGUGCUGGAGUGGGAGCACUCAGAGCCACCCAUCGGGGUGCAGAUCGUCGACUACCUCCUCCGCCAGGAGAAAGUCACCGACAGGAUGGACCACUCCAAGGUGGAGACCGAGACGGUGCUGAGCUUUGUAGACGACAUCAUCUCCGGUGCCAAGUCACCCUGCGCGAUGCCCGGCCAAGUGCCUGACAGACUGUCCUCCACCAUCUCCCUCAUCGUUCGCUGCCUGGAGCCCGACACCACUUACAUGUUCACGCUCUGGGGAGUUGAUAACACAGGGAGACGCUCCAGGUCCAGUGAUGUGACGGUCAAGACCCCCUGUCCUGUGGUAGAUGAUGUGAAAGCUCAAGAAAUAGCAGACAAGAUCUACAACCUCUUCAAUGGCUAUACCAGUGGCAAGGAGCAGCAAACAGCCUACAACACCCUGCUGGAUCUGGGUUCCCCGAGCCUGCACCGCGUCCUUUACCACUACAACCAGCACUAUGAGAGUUUUGGGGAGUUCACCUGGCGCUGUGAAGAUGAACUGGGGCCCAGGAAAGCUGGCCUCAUUCUCUCGCAGCUUGGGGACCUCAGCAGCUGGUGCAACGGCCUCCUGCAGGAGCCCAAGAUCAGCCUCCAGCGCUCGUCGCUCAAGUACCUUGCCUGCCGCUACAGUGAGAUCAAGCCCUACGGGCUCAACUGGGCAGAACUCAACCGGGACCUCAAGAAGACGUGCGAAGAGCAAACACUAAGCGUCCUUUACAAUGACUAUGGUGACAAAGACUACUGAGGGUUGCAGACACCCACUCUCACGCUGGCCUUCCCAAGGGCGUUUGUGAGGGUUUUAUAUAUGGACCUUCAUUGGUGGAGGGAGGGUGUCACCGGUGUUUCUGGAGACAAAAACUUGGACCAGGGAGAGAAAAGACUGCUCUGUGCAGGACUCAGUAUUAGAAUCUUCUUCAACUUGGCCAAAAGCCUUUCUAGUUAGAAGUCUUGUGGGACCCAGUUUUCUUGGUUUAUUUUAUUCAUUUUACCGAGAGGUUCCUCAAAUUGCAGAGGGUGAUGCAAACUGCGGAGAGAGCAGCCUGGGAGGGCACAGCCCUUUCUCCGUGCUUGGUUCCCCUUCCUCUUCCCCUGGCUGUGGUGGCCAGUGCUGAGACUGGUGGGUCAGUAGUUACUGAAGAAACAUGGUGACAGAGCCAGGAAGGGAUAGCAGGUCCCAGUCAGUAGUGGUAAAUGAAGUGGCUCAAUUAAUUCAGGGUUGGAACAAUGGAGGCUGGGCAUACAGAUCAGAUUGAAAUGCUUUCCUCACGUGGUUAUUUCUGAGCAAAACAGCCAUUGUGCAGCCAAAGGGUUUUUUUUGCAAUUGUAAAGCAUGAGAUCCAGAUGAGGACCUAAGCAGCUGUGGCACCAUUGCAGGGCAGGACUGGCUUGAUGCCAUCCAACAGAGGAGAGUUGGGGAGAGGGGCAUUAGUGAGCACACCUCCUUCGAUUUGGUCUUGUGCUGUCGAAUUCUGCAUCUGCUCAGAGGUGGAGAGUCCUCCAGGUCAAAUGCAACCUGACCGCAGAGGGCCUGUGGUCCGCUGGACAUCCAUGUUGACCUUUUUUAACUUUUUUCUUAUGGGACCAAACUCCUAGGAAGUUAACUUAAAAAUUCCUUCCAUUUUUUUUUUUCAUCCACCGUAGUAAAGUUUUGUAAGCAGUGACUAUUGUUCAGGAGAGCUCCAGCAAAGACAAAAGUAUGUAGACAGCAUAAGCAAGGCUGUCUUCUGUAUUAGCUGCUCUUUAACCGUGGCGUAGCUCCAGGUCUGCAUAGUGAGAGGAGCCUAGCGUAGCAUAGCCCCAAUGAGUUCGUGCCAGAUUUACAUUCCCACACUACAGCAGGCACUGUCUGCUCUGUGCCCCUGUCCCUCCUGCAUGCUUUGCACUCAGCGGAAAGUGCAGCCCCACUUGCUAGCAUGUAGAGUGGCUACCUGUGGAACUGCUUCAUGGCACUGCCCCCAGAGAGCCUCUGGAAAUCUCGCCUCCAGGGAGCCUGAGGUUGAGGGGAAAAGGAAAGUGAUUUCAGGACAGUUACCUCCGGGGCAGAACAGGCCCAUUCGAAGAGACAGUCCUGCUGUAGACCUGCAGUUCCAGGUGGUCUUUGGGACCUCAGGGCUGCCAGCUUUCCCAUCAGGCAUGUCACAUGGAUGUUCCUGGUCCUGGUACCCGGAAGGGGUUGGUGUGAAGGGUGAUGGUGGAUAGGCUUGUGGAGUUGGUACUUUCCUGUAUUUAGACUCAUAUCUGUAGCUAUCACGAAUGACUCCUUUUUUAAACUGGAGAACUGAGGUGGUCCUGGGACACCGGGCUCAGCUCAGGACAAACUGUUCUCCAAAACCCUAUUACCACAGGCAGCGUUGGAGGCAGCAAACGGCUUCAUUUUAGCUUCAGUUUCCUGCUUUUGCAUGCAGAAGUCUGUUUUGUAGAGGAGGAAUCUUCAAACUUGUCAGCUGUGCACCUUUGAUCUGGACAAACCAGGAGCCCUAUAGUGGGAUUUUUUAUGAUGCAUCUUCAGAGCAAAAUUUCCUUUUCAUUUUUCAGUCUUGGCAGGAGCAAUCUUCAGCCUGUCUCUUAUGAUUUUCUGCCUCAUUCCUCCUGCUACCUGCCAAGGCCAUGGCUCAAAUAUUUGCUUUGUGUUGGGAGUGAGGCUGUUGUGGUCCACUGCCAGUCACAGCCAAGGGCGCUGCAUCACAGUAUUUGUGCAACAGCAAUUCAGUGUGCGUUGAGGGUAUCUUUCUGCUCAUUGCAUGAUAAAACAGUGCUCUGCUCUUCUCUUCUCACGAACAAACCUCUCAUUUAGAUGCAACUGGCCUUGACCAGGGAGCUGGUGGGAGCAGCCACUAGCAGUCAGUAUUACCUGGAAGUCUGAGUGGCCUUUGGGUGAUGAAUGUGUCUGGCAAGGGUCACCAGGCAAAGGCCUGCUCGUUGCAGGAAAGGAGGUGAAGCCUACUGGAUCCUUUUGGCUUCCUGUCACAAAUGUCUCCUUCUUAAAUCCCAGAUGACCUGCCCCACUGUUGCCGGAUGCUGCCGCGGCAUGAGGCUCAGAGCAGGACCGGUGCCGUCUCCGUGUGCAUUUGCUCACCAGUGUCAAUACGGAGAAGGAAGCACCACUCCCAGCGGCGAGUAUCCUGGAUGCCCCUCCGUUCACCCUGCCCAGCUGACGUCCCAGCUGACUGGAACAUGGGCCUGGCUCUCAGGGCCAGCAUUUCCCGCUCUGAGGGUCUCAAGACAUGUCAUAUAGCAGGGCUCAAACCUGCUCCUGGGUAUGUUGCAGGUAUGGGUGGGCAGGUGCUCUGUAUUCAGCUGUUGCUCCUUCUCCUUUCAGCCCCAGGGAAACUUGGCCCAGGUACUUUGGUUUAUCCUCUCGCUUCUUCCAGCGGAUGCUGAGACAACUUUAACUUUCAACCAGGCAGCCAUCCAGGGAUGGGCAAAGGGCACCUCUGCUCAAAAUCUUGGGAAGGAUACUUGAAUGAAGGCUGCUCUGGCCCAGAAGCAAGUUGGUUGCUCACCAAGUAAUACCGCUUACGUGGCCUUUAUAUGAAAUGCAGACUGUUUUCCUUUUGGUAGCAGACUCCUCUCUUUUAUGACUUACUAGGUGCAGCAGCAGAGAUGGGAAUGGUACAGUCUGACAGCCACUCCCUGUGAAAGCUGCCAAGAAAACCCUGCAUGCUCCAGACACUGCACACAUUCACACCUGUCUAGGUUACUUUUUAGUCCGGCCCAAGAUUUACGAUGGGGCUUUGCAGAUAUUUCCGUUCUGCUUCUGAUCUUGCAUUUCAAAGCACUUGCGUGGUCAUUCAAAAGAGCUGGUCAGCCACUGAGCCUGACUCUUCCCCAGAGACCAGGUCUCCGAGGUUAUCUUGUCCAGCUCCCAGCCAGAAUGAUUUUCUCUCUCUUGCUGUCCUUCAAUGCUCUGUUCAGGUCGCUCUUGAAAAGAUUGGGGUUCUCCUAGAUCCCUGAGUCUGAUCUCAGAGGUGAAAUUAGCUCAAGAGACUCAAAACCACCUUGACUACAGAAGAGAUUGCCAGAAGCAGCAAUUAUCUGCAAGAGUCACACAGCCCAAUGGUCUUUUAUGUCUUUUCCCGUAGAAAAUCCCCAUUUGUCACUCAGAGCAGUUAUUUGUGGCAUGCUGUUUGUGAGGAGGCUCCAUUGUCCUUGCCUUUCCAUGGGGCCGGGAGAUGAGCCACCCGAACAGGUUGGCCAGAUGUUGGCACACUAAGGGUGAGGGAAAAGUAAUUCAUCCAAGGUGGUUUGGCAAAAGCAUUGCCCAAAUGAGCCUCAAUAUUUACCAACCCGUGACAUGCCACUGCACCCGCUAGAUCGUGCUGUCCUCGAGGGAUGCUGUGCAGACGCGAGCACUUGGCUUGGGUAAGCGUACUCUCUUCACGUGUCAGAGAGCCACGACUGGAUCUUGCACAGCAUUUUCUCAAUCUCUUGGCAUUUUGCAGGCUGCCAACCACAUGAAAGCUGGAGAAGACAUUAUUUGCUGUCUGUUUCCACAAUCUCCCUUGUCCCCCUGCCCUCUCUCCUUGUUUUAUUUCUGAAUUAAUGAGUGAUUAUUCACUUGAGAUGAACCUCUGGGUUAUUCUAUUUUCUUUGCUGCACCCGUACCCCUGUAAUAGCAUUACUACCUUUUACUUGUCGUGCAGUUAUUUAACAUAUAAAGAUGGUUUGGUCCUUUUCUUUAAAAAGAUGGCUACGAUUCAUGUUCCUUGAUGUUCUAUUAAAACUCUAAUGUGACGUUUUACUACUGUAGAUUGAAAGUAGGGUGCUUUAGGGUGGGAUAGCCACGUGGCAAGAAAACACAAAACCCUUUAGGAUUACUUUAAAAAUGGUUUUAAACAAAACAAAACAAAAGCAUUGUAACACUAUGUAAAACUCCAGAUGAAAAUUUAAUUGACUAUUAAACGGAGCUGUUAGUAAUC